AUGGUAAUAUUUCUUCUGGUAUAUUUUUUAGUAUACUUUAUAGGAACAGGAAAUGAAAUUAUAUCAGAUAAAGAUGUUAUUUCAUUCAAUAAUUUGAAUGAAAAUAGAAUUAUGAGAUAUUAUAGUUCUUUUAAUUCAGAUUCAUGUUAUUUCUGGUAUUAUAUAAAAGAGGAUUUUUUUGAAAUAAUAUAUUUAAAAAAUGAUAUAAAAAAAAAAGAGCAGAAAUCGAAAAAAAUUGAAAAAAAUAGAGGUAAAUGGGUUACUACUACUAAUAUAUGUUCCAAUGAAAUACUGAUUUUAUUAAAUAAAAACAAAAAAAUUUGUAAAUCAUUAUUGUCGUUUAUCAUAAGAGUUGAUAAAAAAAAUAAACAAAAAAAACAUAUAUAUGUAGAAUAUAAUGUAACUGAUCACAUUUUCAUGACAAAUAAUUACAUUGUUACUUAUGUCAAUGAAAAGUACAAACAAAUUAUUUAUGUAAUUUCAGAUAAUAAAAAGAAUAUUUGUUCUAAAAGCAAUAUUUUUAAAGUUUAUUUUGAUGAGCAUUAUAUUAAAUAUGCUAAAGUAAAAUAUAAUAAAAGCAGGUAUGAAUUAUUAAUUGAAACAAAAAAAAAGACAGGAAUAACAAAAUUAUUUAUAGUACUACGUAAUAAAUGUAAAGAUAUCUUUUUUUUUGUGAUUAUUUUUAUUUAUGAAUAUUUGUUAUUACUCCCAAAUAAAUUAGAAUUUCCAGAAGAAUCUAUCAUUAAGUUAGUUUUAAAGAAAAGGGAUAGUAUUAUUGAUAGUAAUUGUUUAUAUGCUUUUCAUAAAGAUAGAUAUGUUUUAAAAAGGGAUGUAGAAAUUAAAAAAAUAGAGGAACAGUACUUAUUAAAAUAUAAUCAAAAAAAUAUUAUAAAAAAGAAUUUAGAACAUAUAAAAUUAUUGAAAUGCUUCGAGUUGAACUAUAUAACUAGUUUUCAAAAUAAGUACAAAAUUGAACCAAGUAAAAACUAUGAUAUUAUAUCGAAUGAAGUCAUACGAGUUAAGAAAAAUAUAAACGAAGAUAAUAUGCAUAUAAUUAUUAAAAAUAUAGAAAACAAACAAAAAUUUACAUCGCUUUUAUAUAUAUAUAAAGUAAAAGAAACUGAUGUCAAUUGUAUUUAUCCAAUUUAUCAUAAUAAACCUAAUUUUUUAUCGAGUAAAAAGAAUAAAUCUAAUGAAAAAAAUCUUAUCCAAAAUGAAAUAUAUAAAUUGAGAAAUCAUUUUUAUUACCAAAAUAAUUAUUAUUUUGAUAAUUAUUAUAUUAAAAAUUAUUUUAUAAACAACAAAAAUGGAAAACAAAGUUUACAUUUUAUAUUAGGGAGAAGAUAUUUGUGUACUAUACAACUAUACAAUGAGAACAAUAGAAAAUUGUACAACACAAAUAAUAAUAAAAAUAAUAAAUAUAAAUGGAUUUUAUCUCUAAAUAAAAAUAAUUUCAACAUAUAUACUUUAUAUAAAGUUGAUGAAAAUUUAGCAAAUUAUUUUUUAACUGUAUAUAAUGGAAUAAAUUCAUUUCAUAUAUUUUAUAAGAGUUAUAAUAAAAUAUAUAAAGACAUUAUCAUAUCAAAUCCAGUAAUAUGCUAUAUUAAAGAUGAUUUUAUAAUGACUAUUCUUUUUAUUGUGCCUGAUGAAAAAUUUUAUUACAAAUGUUAUGGAGGAUUUAAAAAUAAAUAUAUAGUAAAAGUAAUUAAUAAAUAUAAUUUUUUAAAUGUAAAUAUAAGCGAAAGUAGUAUUGAAAUAAAAAGAAAGAGAAUGAAUAUUAAUAAUAAUAAUAAUAAAAAAGAAUACGUAUAUCAUAAAAAUAAACUUAAUUAUAUUAUUAUAUUAUUUUGCGAUGAAUAUGAUUUUAAUAAUUGUUUUAUUUCUAAAAUACAUAUUUUUGAAAAAAUAAGUGAUUAUUCUAUUGUUGUAGAAAAAAAUUUUAUUGAAAUAAAUGAAAUUACAAAUAUAUAUUUCUUUAUGAAUUAUAGUAUUAAUAAUUUAGAUAUCUCAGAUAAGUUAACUUUUAUAAAAAAGAAAAAAAAAAUAUAUUUGAAUAAUGUUCCUACAAAGGAGGAAGAAAAAUUAUCAAGAAAAAUGAAAUACUUUUAUAAAAGUCUUUUCAUAUUUUCUUCUUUGCUUUAUAACACAAGUAAAAAAAAAAGAAAAUUAAUUAAAAUUGAAAAGGGGUAUCUAAAAAAAAAAAAAAAAAACAGUAAUACAAAAAUAAAAUUGAAUACCUGCUUUCAUAAAAUAAAUAAUGAUAUUAUAAUAAAUUACGAUAAGGAUUCUAUCGAGAUAAAAAAAAAUAUUUAUAAUUUUUCAAAAUUACCAAUAAAAUAUAAAGAUGCAUGUGCAUUCAUUCAAAUAAAAGGAAAAAAAAAAGGUAAUGCUUUGAUUGAAAUGAAAUAUAGAAAAAAUAAAAAAUUGUCAAAAAAUGUAAUCAUUCAUACAUAUAAGAAAGUGAAAAUUCUUUUUUGCCAAGACUUUGUAUGCAGUAAAUUUAUAAAAUUUAAUCAGGUUGGUAAUGUAAUAGUAUAUGACGGUUUCAAUGAAAUUCCAUUUAAAGUAAAUAUUUUCCCAGAAAUGGGAAUGAAAGAAUUAGUUAUAAGAGAAAAUGAAUUUCUAAAUGAAAAGUAUAAAGGUAAUAUUGCUUUAUUUAAAAAUUUAUUUAUCUCCGAAAAAUUUUCUUAUAUUUUUCAAACAUUCUCACAGAAGGUUAUUUUUAAGAAUAUAUUUAAUAAUGAUGUUUUUUUUGAAAAUAAGACACAUUACCCUGCGAAGUUAUAUAAUAGAAAAUUAUAUGAAUAUGAAUUUAUAUAUGAUCAUUCAUUAUUAAAUGAAAAACACAAAGAAGAAACAAAAAGUAAAACAAAUAAAACAAAAAAGAAUAAUUCUAAUAAUUAUUACAACAUAUAUAAAAACAAUAUGAGUUCAAUAAAUUAUUAUGAUAUAUAUUUUCUUAUAAAAAAAUAUUAUAUUAUUUAUUGUAACUCUAGUAAAAGCAAAUACAUAAAAUCUAAUAUAGUUGUAGAAAUGAUAAAUAGUAACAAGACUACAAUUUAUACAAAAAAUUAUUUCCCAGUUCACUUUAAAUAUCCUUCCUCAAUGCAUAUAACAAUUUUUGACAAAAAUGUAAAAAAUUUAUAUGUUUUAAAUGAUGAUAAUAUAUCAUUAUAUAAAAAUAAUGAUUAUUAUUUCAAAGCAUUUCUGAUAGAUGAAAAUGAAAACGUUAUUUUAACUAACGAAACUUUUCAAUAUACACUGGAACCCUAUUUAUUAGAUUUUCAACAGAAAUGUUUUAAAAAUAAAUCAAAUUAUUUAGAAAUUGAGCAAAAAAAAAGAAAACAUAUAAUUAAUACAAAUAAUAAAAUACUUUUAAAUUAUAAUAACAAAAAUGUGAACUAUUUUCAAUACGGCAAUGAAUAUUUUAAUGAUCUAAAUGAUUUCAAGAAUUUUACUAACAAUUUAUUUUUAUUAUCUGUUAAGUAUAAUUAUAAAAGUGAUAAUCGUUUUGAUUAUUUUGAGAAACAUUUGUUUCUAAAUUUUUAUGAUAAAAUAUACACUUAUUAUGAUAAUUUAACUUUAUUUUAUUCUAAACACAUUUAUUAUAAAUUUUUUAUAUGUAAUGCUUCGAUAAAAAGUUUAGAUUAUUCAUUCAAAGGUAAUAGGCAAAUAGAAAUUUUGAAUUAUAUUGAUGAAGAAAAAUUAUAUUAUAACAAAAAAAAAGUGUAUAGUAUAGUUGAUUUAAAUAAUAUUAGUUAUUUAAAACAUUGUACACCAAUAUAUAUUUCUUCAAAUUAUAUAGUAGAAGGAACAUUAACAAUAAAAAAUAAAUUGAUUUAUGAGACUGAGCAUUUGGAUGUUAAUAUAAUUUUUAAUAAAAUAUCUAAAGUAAAAAUUUCUAUAUUAUCUAAAAAUGUUGAAAUUAAUCAACUUAUUCCUUUAAGAAUUGAAUUUUUUGAUGAACAUAAUAAGAAGUUUCAAUAUAUUCCUAAAGAAUUUUUAAAAAUAAAAUUAUUAUAUGAUUACAGUAAAAUUUAUAUAAAGUAUAUAGAUUUCCGCUUGAAAGAAAAUCACAAAAUUUUAAAUGAAAUAAAAAAAAAAUUCGAGAUAAAUGAUUUAUUAUCAGAUUUAUUUUAUUAUGUGCAUUGUUCAAUCCCAAAUAAGUAUUAUGUACAAAUUGAAGUAACCUACAAAUUAUAUAAUAAAUAUAUUUCCAUUUUAUCAAAUAUAAUAGAAUUAGUUAUAUAUUCCAGAGGAAUAUUGUAUAAUGAAAGAAAUAUGCUUUUAUAUCCUUUUAAUCAAACUAUAGAGUUAUUAUUUCGCUUUGAUCAUCCUCUUAUAUCAAAAGUUGUAUGUAUUUCAAAAAAUGAUUACGUUAUAAAAGUUCAAAAAAUUUUAAGAACUGAUGAAGUAAAUAAAUAUAUCUGCUUGAUAAAGACAGAAAAUAUAGGAAUUAGCGAAAUUCAUAUAUAUCCAAUAUUUGAAAGUUAUUAUGAUAUAUUUCCUAGAAAAAAUUUUAUUCCACUUGAAAAAUUUGAUUUAGAUUUUUAUGAAAUAGAAAAAUAUUAUCUCAAUUAUUAUAAAUAUAAAAAAAAAAAUUUUAAUGAUAUAGAAGAAGAAAGCAUAAGAAAUCUUUAUUUUUUUAAAAUAGAUAUAACUGUUGAUCUUUUAUAUACAAUAGAACUUUUUCAUAAUGACACUUUUUACUUACCAUUAAAUAAAGAGUUAAGUACUUUUGUUAAAUUUAAUGAUAAAUUAAAAAAUAUAUUUACAUUUAUUGAUUUUAGUAUUUUAAAUAAUAAUAAUAAUAAUUGUAAUUCAUAUAAAUUAGAAUAUUUUGUAAAUAAUAAAAAUAUUACUAUAAAUGACAAAAUGGAGAAUAUGGAAGAUACCAUUUUAAAAAAAAGUAUUCAUCUUAAAAAGAAAAAUAGAGGAAAUAAAAAAAAAACUAUAACAAAAAAUCUAAUAUCAUCUUCAGAUAACUUUUUAUCUAUUAAAGCAUACAAGGAAGGGAGUUAUUUAUUAUAUCUUAAUUUCAUGUGUGAUAAUAACAUUAUAAGUUCUGAAGUAUAUAAUAUUCAUGUUAAGAAUAAUUUUAAAAAUAUCAAUUUACCUUAUAUAUAUUUAAGUACAAAUUCCCUAUAUGAAUUUCAUCAAAAUUUUCAUUAUUUUAAUAUAUUUAAUAAGCAUUAUCCAUUAUCAAUAACAAAAAAAAUAUAUACUGAAGAAAAAGAGAAUGAGCAUUUUAUAUAUUUUAGAGAUAAACAAAAAAAAGUAGAAAAGAAAAUAAAAGUUUAUAUAUCUGAUAUUAUUGGUGCAAAAGUAAAUAAUUAUUAUUCAAAAUAUAUUCCACUUAAUGUUAUACAAUAUUUUCACAUUGAUUUAUAUAAUAAAAAUAUUGAAAGUGUUAUGUUUCCUUUGAAUGCUAAAUUAUUUUUGAAUAUUUCACAUAGUAGUAUAUUAUCAGCUAAAAUUAUUAACAAAAAUCAUAUUUUUGUUAUACCCCACAAAAUAGGAUGUUCGUUCAUUAAUAUACAUUUUAAAUUAUAUAAUAUCUACAAAGAAAAUGGAAAAUAUUUCUUUAAAAUUUAUAAAGAUAUUGAAAUAGGGAGGAUUCAUAUAUGUAUCCAAAGCUCUAUUAAGCAAAAAUAUUUUUAUCAAAAAAAAAAAUUUUUUUUUGUUAGUAGACUAUAUCAACUUUUACAUGACUAUAAUAAACAAUUUUUUUUUCAGCCUUAUGUAUGUUUAAAUUCUGUUAUUAAAAAUAGAAACAAAGAUAAUAAAUUAAGUGAAUCAGAAUUUUAUAACUAUUUUAAACAUUAUGAAAAAAAAAAAUUUAUCAGAAAUAUAGAAGAUCUUUUUCUUCCUCAUAAAAAAUACUUUUCUAUUAUUAAUCAUUAUUGUACACAUAUGAAAUUAUAA